AUGCAGGCUGCAUCAACUGUCUACAUGAUUAGGCAUGCCGAAAAGCCAGAUGAUGGCUCUCCUCAUCUCUCUAGUCGGGGGCUAGCAAGAGCAGAGCACCUCCGUGAAUAUUUCGGAAAGGGCAGCGGGUUUGAUAUCGGCUAUAUCAUCGCCGAGCAUCCUAGGCAAGAUUCCAGGUUACACCCCUACGAAACCGUCAAACCUCUGGUUGAUGAUUUGGGUGUGCCGUUCAACAUUGAAAUUGACAGAGACGAUGCUGCAGGUGUUGCGAGUGCUGUGAACAAGUAUAAAGGAGCCAGCAAUAUUCUUAUCUGCUGGGAGCAUCAUAACCUUUCCAAUAUCGCAAAGGCUAUUGGCAUAGAAGGCUUUGCAGAGGGUAGUGGUGGGUCUGGCGAGGUCAAAUACCCAGGCUCACAUUUUGAUCUUGUUUGGGUUGUACCAGCCCCUUAUGAUAAAAUUACCAGAGUACUUAGUCAGGAUACCGUGGGCUAG